UUCCGCUUCACUUCUGCCCUUCGCCGAAUGUCUGUCAUAGUCAGCUAUCCUUCAGCUAUUGGAGUCGAAACAAAUUAUUUGGCCUGUGUCAAAGGCUCUCCAGAGGUGCUGAAAUCGAUGCUUCUAGAUUCCCCUCUUGAUUAUGAUGAUGCAUAUCUUUAUUUGGCCCGCAGAGGGGCUCGUAUACUCUCCCUUGGCAUAAAGCAACUUGGACAACUCUCGCGUCAACAGGUACGAGAAAUUUCUCGCGAGCAAGUGGAAUGCAAUUUAAGCUUCUGUGGAUUCGUCGUUUUAUCCUGCUCACUGAAGCCGGACUCUUUUGCUGUGAUACAACAGCUCUUCGAAUCCAAUCACCAUGUAAAAAUGAUCACUGGAGACAAUCCACUGACUGCCUGUCAUGUCAGCAGCUUCCUUAGAAUCACCCGCCAAGCCACACCAACUCUGGUGCUAACUCCGCCUAAUCCUAUACGUGAGCUCUUUCGGGUCUUCCUUCAUUAA